AUGCAGCACGUGCAGAACCUGCAAUUAAACAAGCUGGUGCAGCAAGCGAUCUCAAUUGGCUGGUUUCUCAGCAGUGGCGUGUUGGCAUCUUUGUCGUGCCAGGCUCAGAGUGCCAACCCGAUCACCAAAACGAUAGAGUUGGGCCUUGUGGACGAUGAGGACGUGGAAUCGGAGGGCUCCGCCAAGAAUCUGCCAAGGCUAGUUGGCGAGCUUCCCUCCGAUCGCCAAGCCCGCCGUCGUGCUUUGGAGAGCCGGCUGCGCAUCGCUCAUGCCAAGGUGGCAGCACUCACGCAGCGGCCACUGGCACACGGCAGGUGCUCCAUUUUUGGUUUGUGUGUGCUGGCCAUGAUUCGAAGUGCAGCCGCAUACCAGGGAAAUAUCCCUGGCUAUUCUGUUUAUGCGAUGCAUUUUCUGACGACCUCGUCCGACAUGAUUUGCGUCCUGUGCAGCCUGCCGCUGUUUGCGCUUGGCACGCGAGGUCUUUGCGUCCAGAAAGGCUGCCUUGGUCCAAUGCUGACAUUGGUGUUUGCAAUGUCCCUCGUCGAUCUCAGUGCUUUCGGCGCGUGCGCCAGUUUUUGA